AUGUUCAACAACCCCCGCCCCCUCUCCCCGUCCUCUCCUUCCCAUUCAUACGACCCGUUGUCGUUCACAGGUUUCUCGAAUGGUCUUCGGGCGGGCUCCAUUGCAAGCGGAAGCGUCACCGGAGCAGCAUCAGGAGGUGGAGAUGAGCUCGAUCCCUGGAGUAGCGCACCCUCGCCUGCAGGUGGGAGCAGACCGGCAUCGACACUGAACCCCUCUACUACGCGCUUUGGAGCUGGGAGCGAAGCACUGCAGAAUCUCAUUGUCGACCCUCCGGCCCAGUAUCUAGCUAUCCUAGAUCAGCUUCCCCCUGGUACAACAGUCACCUCCUUAUCGAAAUACCUAUCCGAUACCCUCCCGGCACCCAUCAUCGCCAAGAUUGUUACCCUGACAAACGACCAGCCCUCAUCCCCUCGGAGCUCUCUCGUCUGCGCUUUAGCACUGGUCGCUUUAGCCCAAGCAUCCCACAUCUCUGACCCCCUUGACCUAUCCAUCGAAAUCCUAUCCUCCGCACUCUCCCAGGGCGACCUUCCACCGCCCAAAGUCUCGCACCCCGGCUCUUUCUCUCCUGCCAAACCCAACAGCCACCAUUCAUCUCUAGGACCUGACCCUUAUCCAACAUGGGAUACCCCAUCGCAGGACAGGACGGGAUACACUCCACCCUCAAGUCUGUUCCGGCACCCGCCCGUGCUGGCUUCGGAUUCGUCGGUACACAUCGAUGACCCCUACGCCCCGGAUCCUCUUGCUGCUUUAGAAUCGCAGAAUGGUGGCGGUGAGAAUCCCGGGCAAGGGUCAGGGGGGUUGAGGUUGAUACAAGUUGAAGACUUGGAACCGGAGGAUAUGGCGAGGCCUAGGGGGUGGUGGAAAGACCUUGAGCGGGUGACAGUGGAUCUCAUACCAGAGAAGGAGGGAUGGUUCCUCCAGAAAUACCGAUUGUCUAGUACGAAGCGAGGCGAUCAAGCAGUAACUCGGCGGUUCAGCGACUUCUUGUGGCUAAUGGACAUUCUCGGCAAACGAUAUCCGUAUCGUCUCCUUCCGCCUAUCCCUCCAAAACGCCUCAAUCCCGAUGCCGCCUUCUUGGAAGCCCGUCGCUUAUCCCUCCAACGCCUUCUCUCCUCACUCACCUCCCACCCUGUCCUCUCUCAAGACCCCUGCUUGACGACAUUCCUCACUCUGCCUUCUCCUGGCUUUGAAGGUUGGCGCAAGCGAACGUCCGUCGCUCUAGAAGAAGAAGGGCCUUCAUCUCCUCCUCUGGCACUUAGGGUCCCGCGGGAUUUAGAACCCAAGCUUCUCGCAUUGAGGAGCAAUCUCCCACAAUUGUUGUCUAGCUUGCACAAGCUCAUUACACUUUACGAACGGGCUCUUACGAGGGCUCAAGCGGAGAAAGGCGAUAGUCAACGUCUAGCCGGCGUUCUCGAAGGCUUAGGGGAAGGCGUGAAGGAGUGUUGCUUCUGGUCUUAUGGGGUUCCCUCUUCACACGUCAGAACCGGAAUCAACAGGGACGGGAAUAGUCCCGGAGAAAGUGGAGACGCGCCCAAGUAUGCAAAAACGGGAGACGUUUGUGAAGUGUGUGGGUCGUUGGGGACGGGAGUAGGAGAUGUCGCAAAGGGAUACGACAAAGUUGUUGGGGCGCAACAAAAGCGCAUUGAGAAUCUGCAGAAACAUCUCGAGUCUCUCAGAUCACAAAGAGACCUCCAUCUAGCUCUCCAUGCGCUUUUCUCGAGAUGGGCAAAGAACCAAGCGGCCAAUCCCACCUCUUCACUCCUGACCAAGAUCUCUUCCCUCAACAUUAAAUCCUCCUCCCUCCUGUCUUCCCCGCCCCUUCCCUCCGCCCCACCAGCAAAACGAUCCACCUGGGAAUCCCAACUCUCCAAACUCCGAGAUGACCUUUCCCUUGCUCGAGCCGAGGUGGAAGUAUGGAGAGGAAAAGAAGUAUGGAUGAAGGCGUUGGUGUGGGAGGAGGUUGCUAAAGUGUGGCAUGGGAGACAAGGGGUGGAAGGAGGUGUUGGAUGGAGGGCGUUGGGGGCUGGGGAGAGGGGCGUUGGGGAGGGCAUUGAAGGGGUUUGGGAAGGGGUGGUGGGGGCGUUGGAAGGGGUUGUGCUGGAGUAG